AUAGCAGUAAUUAAUCGGGCAAUGAAUCGGAACUAUGGUUGAGAAGCAGGCGUAGGGGAGUUGAAGAGGCCGAAAAAAAAGCAGCAAAGCAAAGCGUCCGGAAGUGAAGUGGGUGGUCAUAUGUGCAGAGUAUGAGUGUGUGUAUUUGGACUAUCGCUUCUUCCUUGAAUUAACGCAUCUGCCUUUACUAACCCGUCAAAUAUAAAAAUACCAUUCGUAAAAGAGAAAGGCGAGAAAAUGAUGAAUCGAGGUCGAGGUCGAGGUCGCGGUGGUGGAGUUGCUGUGAAAGAAUGGGUUCUGAAAAAGGUUGAGUCCAAGCCAACUGUCAUCACUGAGCGAUCUUCACCUGCAACUGCCCAUGUCAUGGACUCUAAUGAUGUGAAGCAGGGGUCUGUGGAAGGUUUAAAUUGUUCCAAACAUCCACAAGGCCAGCCAGCCUCCAAAUCUACCAACGAUCAUCGAUUAUCCACCCACUCCAACUCGAAUCAUCGCAUUGAAAAUAACACUCAUGUUGCAGCUACCUCGGAAAUCAAAUGCAGCCAAGCUUCUCAGGACAAUACUAUGACUACUGGAAGCUCAGAAAAAUUCUUUGACAUCUGCCCCAAGAAAACAGGGACUCCUAGGUUAAAAUCUUCACUACUUGUGCAAAACAGAGAAAAAAGAAAUGAAAUCCAGCGUUCCAACGGGGGACAACCCAUACAAGUAUUGAGGCCUGGAAUGGUUCUUCUAAAGAACUUCAUUCCCCUUAAAGAUCAGGUGGAAAUUGUGCAAACGUGUCGAAAACUUGGUCUAGGCAAUGGUGGUUUUUACCAGCCUGGUUACGGAGAUCAAGCUAAUAUGCAUUUGAAGAUGAUGUGCCUUGGUAAAAAUUGGGAUCCUAAGAGUAGCUCAUAUGAAGAACGGAGAUCAGAGGAUGGUGCUGAACCUCCUCCAAUUCCAAUUGAAUUUCAUCAGCUAGUUCAGAAGGCAAUACAAGAUACCCAUGCCCAUCAAUGUAAACAAGUGAAGCAAAAAGAUGUAGAAAGUGUCCUACCCUCUAUGACCCCUGAUAUCUGCAUUGUGAAUUUUUAUACAACCAACGGGAAGCUCGGAUUCCACAAGGAUAAAGAUGAAAGCCAAGAAAGUCUGAAUAGAGGACUACCUGUCGUCUCCAUCUCAAUUGGCGAUUCUGCAGAAUUUUUAUAUGGUGAUCAGAUGGAUAUUGACAAGGCUAAGAAGGUCGUACUGGAAUCAGGGGAUGUUUUAAUAUUUGGUGGCAAGUCUAGACAUAUAUACCAUGGCGUGACUUCUAUUCUCCCCAAGACUGCUCCACAGGCCCUGCUGCAAGAAUCAGAUCUUCGCCCCGGCCGUCUUAAUUUGACUUUCAGAAAGUACUAGCCAUCCCUGAGCAAUGUAUUUUAUCGACUUAAAUGGAAAUUUUGUUGACUUUUGGUUGUAAAUGUGGAUAUGUGAGACCUAUUAGUAUAUCAGUAUUUUUCAAAUUUCUUGAUUAAUGUUAAAGUCUCAUUUCAUUUUUCUUUA